CAGAUCGGAAAUUUUUUUUCUGGGGCAAACCUUUGGGACCGGGUGGCAGCCCCGAAGUAUAGGAGACGCCGCGCCAAGAAACACUGGAAAUAAAUAAACAAAAUAAGUUAGCCGCCAUGGAGGAUUCCGUCAACUUGAGCGUCGCAAUGACGGAAGGUGGAGCAGACGAAGAGCAGGCGAGUUCUCUACUCAAUCACAACGUGAGCUUCAACAGCAGCAUGGAAUACACCACAAUGGCAACAACUUUGCCGGCAAAUCUCAGUUUCAGUCUCAGCGAUGCGGAGCGUCUUAAGCUGAAGCAAUGCCAUGGCAACAACAACAACAAUAGCACUAGUGUAAAUCGCAGUGCACUCAGGGAUUUGUCCAUGAAUGUGGAGACCAACAAUAAGAACCAAAGUUGCAUGGAAACCAGCGUCGACAUGGAGGAAUGCAGCACACUGGAGGACAGCGAGAGAAUUAUAAGCCUUGAUGACUCCCUGGAUGAGGCGCCAUGUGCAGAGUCCAAAAUAAUCACAGAGCCGAAGGAAUCGAACUGUGAGCAGAGUUCGAGCACGGAGACAGUCACCCCAAUGCCAACGUACUUUGAGAAGGAACUCGUGGAAUUGGGACGCCGUUGUUGGCUAUCCACGGCACAGACUCAGCACUACACCAAAGGCUGCUACUGGUCACCAGAUGGCACCUGUCUGCUGGUGCCCGUUCACCUGGAUGGCAUGCAUGUGAUGGAGCUGCCCUUGGACUUGUACGGCGCCAGCAGCGUGACCGAGGAGCGUGUCCUCUCCAAACUACAGUCAGCCGUGCAUGUACCCGAGGGAGGCACUGUCUACGAUUGCGUCUGGUAUCCGCUGAUGAGCAGCCAAGAUCCAAGCACCUGUUUCUGGUUGGCCACAAGACAACACGAGCCCAUCCACAUGUGGGACGCCUUUGAUGGUCGCCUGCGUUGCAGCUACAGCGGCUACGAUGAAGUUGAUGAGGUGAUGGCAGCCAUAUCGCUCGCCUUCUCCCAGGAUGGCCAGAAGAUCUAUGCGGGCUACAAGCGGUGCCUUAAAAUCUUUGACGUCAGCCGACCUGGUCGCAUCUGCGAUGAUUAUGCAGUGAAAUUUGCCAUUUCAUGCAUGACUCAGACUUCGGAGCAUCCGCACACUGUGACCUGUGGCAACUGGAAAGGAUACAUUCAGCACUUUGACCUACGCUGUCCGCCCAACCAAGGACCGCUCUUCACUUUGGGUGGCCACUCGGCGGGAAUUACUCAAUUGCGCUAUGCCAACGACGCUGCCGGCAAUUGGCAACUGUUUAGUGGAGCUCGCAAAUGUCCAAAGCUCCUGCAGUGGGACAUGAGGAACUACAAGAAGCCGCUGCAUGAGUUCCAGCGACAGGUGAACACCAAUCAACGCAUACAAUUUGAUCUAAGCGCAGAUCAAUCGUGGUUGGUCAGCGGUGACACCGACGGAGCUUUCAAUAUCUGGAAUUUGAAAUCGGAGGACAAUAAGGAGGCAAUCAAGUUGCCAGUUCAUGGUGAUUGCUGCAAUGGAAUCGGCUUCCAUCCCACUUUACCCAUCUUGGCUAGCACUUCGGGACAAUAUCACUUCAUAUCAGGCGACAAUCACGAGAAUACAAUCAACACAACAACACCGGACAUUCCUGAUCAGGAGGAGGAGUCUGAAGGAAAGCGUAUCAUUGAUUAUGAGAACGCAAUAUUGUUGCUCUGGUGUGGCGACAGUAAUGUUUCAAUUUAACUAUAGUUUUUUAAGAUUACUAAUUAAAACAAAGUUUAUCCGUUAAACAUUA